CUGCUUUAGCCCGAGAACUCGUCGUCGUCUGGAGGGACGAACCGAACCGUAGCAAGCCGAGCGAGCAGGCACCGGGGGGGAGGAGGAGGAGGAGGAGGAGGAGGGGGCAGGGAUGUAGACGGCCGGAGCCGCACCUCUCCUCCGCUGGCUGACACACAGGGUUUCCAUGUAGGUUAAAGGACUAUGUUUUAAAAAUUGGAGUCAGAUUACCUCUAUAAAAUGAGCCAUAAGUAUCCAGAAGAGUGCAGUGGGGAAGUGGAUGAGGAAAGCCCUGUCGCCUCCGUUUCUCAGAGGACUAGGCAGAAUAAUGGCUCAGUGUCUGGAGAACCUCCUGUACGUCGACCCUGGAGGCCAUGUCAGAUCCUCAGUCCAGAUGGAGAGUUGAAUUCCCACCUUCAUCACCAUCCUCAUCAACCUCCUUAUCAUCACCACCCACCUACAGGUCGUGGUGGUUCACAACGCCAACGCCGGCGUCCGCCAUCAGUACAAGCGCAAGGCCAAAGUCAGGCUAGUUUCCCCGGUUCUGUCCCAGAGGCUGUUCCCUCCCAUGAAAUUCAAGACACUGAACCACGCCCUGUCCAGCAGCUCCGGCCCGCUGUCACCCGUUACCGCCGUCGUGGUGACCCAAAUCCAAGACUUAAAGGUCAAAGACAGAGGCCACUAAUCAAGGAGAUACAGGAAUCUUUACCUGUUUCAGACCACAUAGAAGGUCAAGUGCAGCAAGACAUUACAGAUGGUCCUUCUAAGGAACAUUUACAGGACAGAGGAUCUCCCCACCUGACUCACCCACCUGAAGAAGUUAAGGAGAAUGAAGAACCAGGACCAGCUGAGAAUGGAGCAAAUGAACACUCAACCACAGAUCACUCUUGCUGCACCCAUGAAGACGUACAGGCAGUCCAAGAAGGAGCAGAGGUUUUUGGAGACAAGGACGUGAAAAAACAGGAGGAAGAUAUGGAUGGUGAUGUUGUAGAUGUUGAAGCUCAGGGAAGUGAAAUCACUGAUCUCUGCUCAGACACAGAAAGUGCUGCCUCACUUAGUAACGAUGGACCUCUCCACAGCCCUCCGCCACUCCAGUCCCCUACUCCACCAUCGUCCCCCGAUGCACCACUUUUCCCGCAGCUGGACCACUUCAGCGAGGAAGCCAGUAUGAGCCCUCUGCCCGACAAUGACCUGCUGCCUGAAGACGACGACGACGAGUGCUCUGAAUCACCUUUGGAAUAUUAUCCCAAAACCUAUGCAGACUUUUAUACAGAGUCACACCAAAAGUCUUAUGUGGAGCUGGCUGAUCAUUCAGAGACAAAAUCCCAUCCCAAAUCCUUUCCAGAACCACUUAAGACCUCCUAUUCUGAAGCACUCAGAGAACCUCACACACAGUCUCGUCAGAAGUCUGAGACAUACGAGGCCCAGCAGGUGUCCCACCGAGAGCCAUUUACCAGCCAUAGACAGGAGAAUGUCCAAAAAUCCUCCCCUAUCCAGGGCUCCCAUCAUGCACCAAGGCGGGGCAAAGACAGAGGUAGCCAUCCUUCCCAAGUGGAUAGCUCUGUCGGCUGCCGGCUGCACCACUAUGACGGUCAGUCUGAUGGAGAGGGGGGCAGCGCUAAUCAAAGUCCCAUCCAGAAAAGUUUUAGGCAUGUACCUAGACAAGCAGAUACACGGACAAAACAUCCAUCAUCUGUGCAGAGCGGCGCCGGAGACACCAAGGAUGAGGUUGGUCUUCCAUCAGAGGAAGGUACAAAGUUUCCAGGAGACGCCAUUAGCCUCGUAAUAAAAGACAUUAGGGAGGCCAUUGAGGAGGUUAAGACCAAGACGAUACGGUCCCCCUAUACACCUGACCAGCCUGUGGAGCCCAUUUGGGUAAUGAGACAAGAGAUGAGCCCUACAGAGGAGGUCGACCCACAACAGAUGAUGGCAGGCCAUUUGGCGUCCAGGUCUCCAUCCCAGAAUGCAUCUAUGUCAGAUCAGGAGUCUGGAAGUCCGCUGAAUGUCGAGUCCUCCAGAGCACUCCAUUCCCAACAAUCUGGCGAGCAUCAGCCCCAAGGCCACCAGUCCGGUCAAAGGGAUGCCGCAAUGCAACCGCACCCAUACGUGCAGCCUAAUCAACCACACCAACAGCAGCAUCAUCAACAGAACCAACAGCAUCCACGACAUCGGGUCCAGCCCCCUUCACAGCAGCCGCCUGUCCAAGAGAUUUGCAGAUCUCUUCCUCAAUUUCCCACAUUUGUGGAUGUCCCGGGACCAUGCGACCCCGAUGACCUUAUUGAUGGCAUCAUCUUUGCUGCAACAUACCUGGGCUGCACCCACCUGCUGUCAGAAAGGACACCCACAAAGAGCGCCCGCAUGCAACAGGCACAAGAAGCCAUGAACAGAGUGCGGGCAGCUCAGAAGCAGGCAAAGAACAGGAAAAAGAGUCCUGACAGUGAGACUCCAUGUACUGCUGAGGUGGAUCUUUUCAUGUCCACACAAAGAAUCAAAGUCCUCAAUGCAGAUACUCAGGAGUCUUUAAUGGAUUUGCCGCUGAGGACCAUCUCCUAUAUAGCCGACAUUGGCAACAUGGUGGUCUUGAUGGCACGGGGGAAGAUGGUCCGUUCCCGCAGUGCACAGGAAAACUUGGACCAGACAGCUGAGCAAACCACCAUGUCCAAUGAUGACAGAAGGCUCUACAGGAUGAUCUGUCACGUCUUUGAGUCCGAAGAUGCCCAGCUGAUUGCUCAGUCCAUUGGUCAGUCCUUCAGCGUGGCCUAUCAGGAGUUCCUCAGGGCCAACGGCAUCGACCCCGAGGAUCUGAGUCAAAGGGAGUACAGCGACCUACUCAACACUCAGGACAUGUACAACGACGACCUCAUCCACUUCUCCAAGUCUGAGAACUGUAGAGAUGUUUACAUAGAGAAGCAGAAGGGGGAGAUUCUGGGUGUGGUGAUAGUGGAAUCAGGCUGGGGGUCCAUCCUCCCCACCGUCAUCAUCGCCAGUAUGAUGCACGCCGGUCCCGCUGGGAAGUCCGGUCGACUCAACAUCGGCGACCAGAUCAUGACCGUCAACGGCACCAGCCUAGUGGGUUUACCGCUCAGCACCUGCCAGAGCAUCAUCAAGGGACUAAAGUCUCAGUGCAGGAUCAAGAUGAACAUUGUCCGGUGUCCUCCAGUCACCAUGGUGCUCAUUCGCAGGCCGGAUCUCAGAUAUCAACUUGGCUUUAGUGUCCAGAACGGCAUUAUCUGCAGCCUCAUGAGGGGAGGAAUCGCAGAGAGGGGCGGCGUACGCGUUGGCCACCGCAUCAUUGAGAUCAACGGUCAGAGCGUCGUGGCGACACCUCACGAGAGGAUCGUUCAGAUCCUCUCAAACGCCAUGGGAGAGAUCCACAUGAAGACGAUGCCUGCAGCCAUGUACCGCCUGCUUACUGCACAGGAGCAACCUGUCUACAUCUGAUAACACCUUUUUUUCUGUCUGCUCAUCCAGCUUUCACUCUUCCACUGCAACCUGUUUGACAUCACGCUAAUUGCCUUAAUGUGUACAGUGCACAGCAACAUAGACAUCAACAGCGUAACAAGUGGUUUUUUUUUUGGGGUUUAUUUUCAUUUGAGCCACGUGCUCCUGUGAUGUGGUAUACAGUAUGUUAGACCAAAGAUAAAUUGAUGGUCUUAUUGUGCAUAUUUAGGUGGCAAACAGAGUAAAUGUUAUUUUUGGUCAAAUAGCUGUAAUAUCUGAAUGUACACUACAUACUGUUGGACCUAAAUAUUGCCAGGGCAACCCAAAUGUUAAACAAGCGAAGCAAAGCAUGUUCAUGUCUGCUAAUAAAUCACCAACGCCA